CCAGUGUACAACAGACCAUUGAGCCGCGCUGCAAUAUCGAACAGAAAGAACGGGCCUUACCAUACUACUGUGCAGAGGACCACGGGGUCUGGGGUCUCUUGUGCUGACCGCAACCAACAUCAACUCAGUUACCAUCGCGGUCCAGCAAGUGACGGAUCUAUUCUGUUAUCUGACACUUUGUUCUGAUCCAAGUGAAAAUAUCAAUAAUCGGUCAAUCCAUCAACAUUUGAUCAAUUUACAUUUUAUCAGCGAUUUUUUUUAAGUAAUUUUUUUUUUAAUAAGUUAAAGUGUUGUAUGAGAAUGAGUUUAUCAGGCAAUGAAUCCAGAGGUUUAAUUAAUUAAUCGUCAAUUAACAAUUGUGCUUCUCGAAUAAUCAUUUAAUAUUUGAAUAAUUAUGUUAGUAAAUUAAUAUUAAACGGAUCGCGUGUUACAUUAAUGGGGCUUGCUGAUAGAAUACAGUGGAGUUAGUUUAUAUUAGAUCUUGAGAAAAUUCUUGCAAUCCCAUAGAUGUCCCCAAGAAAUUCUUUAUACAAACGCAUUCGAUACAGAGAGCAACCGGUUGCCUACUUUCUUGUUCGCUCGUGCGAGUGCGCUUAUGCUUUAACCGGAAGUUAACUCACGCAGUUGUCAACUUUAUUUGGAUAGUAAAUCUGGAUUUAAUUGUCUGAUAAGUUUUAAAAGACUACAUUAAUGAGGGCACGUGUGAAAACUGAUACUGUGAAAGUAAUGAAGUGAAGUAUAUAGUUUAUCACCUUCUCCAUCCUGUGAUUUAUGAUGAUUGUUUGUUAUGGAAAAAUUCAUCAUUUUUGGAAGGAUAUAAUGAUUAUGUGAUAAUUAUGCUCAAGUGGGUGCAUCACACGCCUUCACUGCCGAAAAAUCACACGACAGUGAUUACCAGAGACUCUCUUAAAUCUAACGAAGAAGAAGAAGAGGAGGAGGAAGAAAAAAUAGUUAAUAAUGUGCCUCAAAAAAUUGAAUAUGACAAUACGGACAAUGAAGAUGAGUGUAAAGAUUUAGAAAAAGAUGAACAUAUUAUGAUUGAUAUUUCAUUGAAAAGACGUUUAGGGGGUUCGGAUCCCAGAGUAGCAACAUGUCGGGGAAAACUUCAAAACAGACGCAGCAAACUCAACCAGGAAAUAAACAAAGAGCUGAGACUACGUGCUGGCGCAGAAAAUCUCUUCAAAGCAACCACAAACCGGAAAUUAAAAGAAACAGUUGCGCUGGAGCUCAGUUUUGUUAAUUCGAAUCUUCAGUUGCUGAAGGAGCAGCUUGCCGAGCUUAAUAGUUCCGUCGAGCUCUAUCAAAAUGUCGAUGGACAAGAGCCCGUUAUGCCGAUGAUCCCAUUGGGGUUAAAGGAGACCAAGGAUAUUGAUUUUCAAGACCCCUUCAAGGAUUUUAUUUUAGAACAUUACAGUGAAGAUGGUGAAAAUUAUGAAGAAGCUAUUGCUGAUCUUAUGGAAACAAGACAGGCGACAAGAACCCCAACCCGUGACGCAACCGGCAUAGCAUUACUAUUUCGCUACUACAACCAAUUAUACUUCAUCGAAAGACGAUUUUUCCCACCGGAUCGAAGCCUCGGGAUAUAUUUUGAGUGGUUCGAUUCAUUGACAGGAGUGCCAAGCUGCCAAAGAACGGUAGCAUUCGAAAAGGCCUCGAUUUUAUUCAACGCGGGGGCUCUGUACACGCAAUUAGGAGCAAAGCAGGACAGAAGAAGCACUAAAGGACUCGACCAGGCAGUAGACGCAUUUCUACGAGCCGCGGGUACCUUCCGGUACAUCCAUGAGAACUUUACGAACGCACCGAGCAUGGAUCUUGGUCCUGACAUGCUGGACAUGUUGGUGCAGUUGAUGCUGGCUCAGGCUCGCGAGUGUCUGUUUGAAAAACUCGAAUUGCAGUCACGUGAAUCGAGAAACGUUGACAUCUGCUUGGACCUUGCUCAAGAAGCUGCUCAAGUAGCUGCUGUCUACAAUGACGUCCAUGGAUUAAUAUCACGCGAACCUGUUCGUGAUUACGUACCUGAAUCCUGGGUGUCUUUGGUCCUUGUCAAGCGUGAACAUCAUUUAGCACUCGCGCAUAAACACUGCGCGGCUGGAUUGCUUGCCAAGCCUAUUGCGGAAUUUAGGAUGGAAACUAAGCUUACGCUCGAACAUAUCCAAGAAAGUGACGGGAAAACUCAAAUGGAUAAUGUUAUUCCCAAAGAUGAUAAUGAACGAAGAGCUCUAGGAAGAGCACAUCUACGCGAAAGUUUAGUCCUUCAUGAAGAAAGCCAGAGAUUACAAAGAAUGUGCAGAGAACUUAAGGGCAAACAGGCGUUAGCUAAAGUAUUAAAAAGAGCUCAUGAUGCUACUUUGAAAAAUUACAACGACGCGGGAGAUGAAGAUGAUUUACGAGAACUUCUUGACCCGCCACAUAUAGUUGCAUCAACAAAGUUUCAACUGAGCAUCACGCAUCCGGAUUUCGGUCAGCACGGAGUUGAUGAUCUUUUCAAAUCACUCGGUCCCGUAGCCAUAUUUUCAGCUAAAAGACACUGGACAGCUCCCCGAUCUAUUCAACUACAACGUGGACCCGGUGGCGAGGGUUUUGGAUUCAGCGUACGAGGAGAUGCUCCCGUUAUUAUUGCUGCUGUUGACCACAAUUCGUUGGCAGAUCUUGGUGGGAUGAAGGAAGGUGAUUUCAUUGUGAACAUCGAUGACAAAGAUGUCAAAUGGGCCUCCCAUGAACAAGUUGUGCGCUUGAUCAAACAAUGCGGAGAUUCUAUUAGUUUAAAACUCGUUACACCUAUGGAUAGAAAUUAUUUAAAGAAACCUGUGAAGACUAGUCAUCAUGAUAAAGGUAGCGUGUCAGCAAGUAGUUCUUCAGGAGUGUCUUCCGGUCAACCAAGUCCAGCUGGAUCUGUCACAACAGCUCAUGUCACUCGACGUAUUCCUUGGAACCCAUUUAAAAAAUCAACUCAACGAGAUAGUAGAGAUCUUACAUUUGAUAACGUUAUUCUCAGAUGAUCUCUGCACCAGAUCUUAAUAUAAUUAUACAAAUACUAUAAAACUACUUAUUAUAACUACUAUACUCUCACUGGGCCGUAAUUUUGCAAAUAUUUUUUAUUUCAUUCUUCAAUCUUAUACUUUGAAUGAAAAUAAAAAAAAUUUGCAUUUAACGGAUUAUUAUUAUUCUUGCCACAAUGAUCCAUUAUUUAAAACUUUUUUUUUAAGAUUAAGAAUAGAUAUAUAUGUACAUAACUUUGAAGAUAUUUUUAUACACUAUAAAAUGGAUCAUUGAUGGCAAUUAAAUAAUUAAUUAAAAUUAUUAAGCGCUAAAUUUUUUAUGCCAAAUUUUAAUCAAUGAAAAUUCGUUUUUUUUAUAUUAAAUGUAUGUUUUGUGUAAUUUUUUAAGCUACCGCUGAAAUAUGCAUACAAAGCCAUAUGUUAUAUUAAUUUACUGUAAACUGUAAGAGUAGAAAAAAUUAUAUAAGUUAUAUAAGUUGAAUUUUACGAUAAAGAUAUUUUAAUUUU